AUGAGUAUUAUAAAAUCAAGAUUAUUUACAGCACAAGUAUAUCAUUCAAGAUUACACCCAGUCAAGCAUACGUUUCAAUAUGAUGUCUAUUACUUUGUAUUGGAUCUAGAUGAAUUACAAUCUGGCAAGUUGAAUUCAUCGUUGUUUGGGUAUAACCUCUAUAGACCUGUAUCAGUAUUUGAUAAAGACUAUAUGGGUGGAAUGAAUGAAACUAAUAGUAAAACAACAACAACAACAACAAACAUUAAAUCAAGAGUAUUAAAAGCAUAUAGAAAUCAUUUAGAAAGAGAACAACAACAACAACAAGAUAAUAAUAAUAAUAUAAUCAAUGUUGAUGAAAAGAUAGAAUCAAUUAAAAGAAUUGAAAUGGUUACAAUGCCAAGAUAUAUGAAUGUAUCAUUCAACCCUGUCAACUUUUACUAUUGUUAUGAUGACCUUGAAACGGUCGUACAAAUAGUAGUUGAAAUCAACAAUACAUUUGGUGAAACUCAUCUUUAUUUUCCUCAACCUUCAAUCUUUCAUCAACAAAAUCAACUCUCCUCUUCAACUUCAUCUUCUACUUCAUCUACUUCAGAAAAACAAUUAAAAUAUGUAUUUAAAAAUGCUGUAGAUGGUAACCCUUAUUUAAAGUAUUAUAGUCAACAAAAGGACUUUCACGUCAGUCCUUUUAAUUCGUUGGAUGGUGCCUAUGACUUUUGUUUCUCUGAUAUUCAACAGUGCUUUGAUAUUCGAAUCAACCUAUUAUCAAAUUUAAAAUCAACUAAUCUAAUAGUCAAUAAUAAUCAACCUCAACCUCAACCUUUAUCCAACAACCCUGACAACAAAGAAAAAGAACAAGUAGAUUAUGUUAUGAUGACAAGACUGUGGUCAUCAAAGAAACCAUUUAUUGGUAUGCCAUUGACAAUGUUUAAUAUAUCCAAAGUGAUUGUUGGAUACCCCAUCACUGCAUUCUUGACCAUUCCAAGAAUCAUGUAUCAAGCUGGUAAACUCCACUGGCAACGUGGUCUUAAAGUGUACGCCAAACCUAAUCCACCAGCUAUCAACACCACCAUCAUUAUCCCACCAUCUUCAUUUCAACUAUCGUGUCGUAAAUUCACAUUGGAUUUCCUUCAAUCCUUUAACAAGGGUCAUUUUAAUAUUACCCUACCAGAUAAACAAUUAAUAGCUAUCAACAAUAAUAAUGAUACUGACAACACUGACACGAUUUCAAAUGAAAAUGAUCCAACACCAAUUAAUUUAUUAUCAGAUAUCAACAAAUCAAUUGAAAUCAUUGUACACAAUGAUGAAUUCUUUAGUAAGAUUUAUCUAUACCAUUACAAUAAUGUCCAAGGUGAUAGAUAUAGUAGUGGAAUAAGUGCAAAGGCAUUGGGACUUGCUUAUGUGGCCGGUGAUUUCACAUGUUCAGAUUUAUCUGCUUUUAUUUCACUUGUAUGUGAUCUAACUACAAGUUUAAAUCAAUCACCUGUAUCUGGUAACAAUUGUGAUAACAAAUGGGGUUGGUUAUCAUCACUCCUUUCAACUGCCUAUAAUAAUAAUAAUAUAUUAAAAUAUUUCCUUGCUCCUUCAACUCCUUAUCAUUGUGGUUUAUUAAAAGAAGAAACAAUUCAAGAAUUAAAUGUUGAUACUUUAUUGGAUGAUUAUCAUUUUAAUCAUUAUGAUUUAAUUUUAAAGAAAUUAUUUUCAAAUUUACAAGAUAUGACCAGCGGUGUUCAAAAGAGAGUGUUGGUAAUUGAAGAUCAUUCAUUGGAAUUGACAGAUUUCAUAAAGAAAGGAAUUGAAAAAGAAAAGAAGAAUAUUCAAGUUGUUACAUUAACAAUCAAUAAUAAUAAUCAAUCAAGUAAAGAAGAAGAUGGAGGGGACGAGGAAGAAGAUGUAUUUAAUAAUUUAAAUAAUUUAAUUCAACAAGAAGAAGAAAAUGGUAGAAAUGAACAUGAUAAUGAUCAAAAUAAUUUAUUUGAUGCAAUCAUUGCAAUUGAAUCAAAUAGAGUAUUGGAUUCAGGUUUAUUUACGGAUGGAGGUGAUAUUUAUAAACUACUUGCAAAUGAUGGUAUUGUUAUAUUACAAUCUGUAUCGGGUCCAUACCACCCCUACAAGGCUAGUGAUUUGAAACCAGGUCGUUUUGAAUCACUUGGGUAUAGUCAAAGAUUUGCUAGAAAGAGAUUGGACUUUGAGUCAAAGUACUGGUCUCUCAUAGCAAACUUUCAAAAUGACCCAUUUAAAUUGGAACAGAGAUAUGUUUAUUUAAUGAACCUAUUGGCAAAGGGGUAUAUUAAUGGUCAUAUCUACGAUAGUCAUCAUCAAGCUAUCAGUUCACCAUCAUCCUCACCAUCAUGUAAUAUUAUCAGCGAGUUGGUUCAACUCGUCUCAGAGAAUGAUUCAACUUUGGAGCUUGUUGAAAUGGAUAAUAUCGGUGACAAUUAUCCAGUUGUCAUAGAGACAUGGCUCAAGAGAUUAACAGAACAACAUGACCAACUUGUCAAAGACUAUCAAGCAUUUGCAAUGUCACAAGGUUGUGACCUAAAGUUAAACGAAUCUGAUAUUGGUGAAGUCUACAAUUCACUCUAUUUCCAUCUUUCCUAUCUUAUCAGUUGUUUUAAAUCAGUUUGGUCUGUAACUCAGGCACCGCGCAAAAGACACAUCGUAGCCUUAAGAUGUGAUCAUGUUAGUUUGAUUUCAGCAGAAUCAUCACGAUUGUUUAAAGUUGCGAGUGUCUCUACAACCAAACCAUAUCAUUUUGUACAAUCUGGAAAAUCACCUUUAAAUGAAAUUAUAUCAUUUAAAAUACUACUUAAACAAAAUAAUUUAGAAAAAUUAGAAUCAAUAUUUUGGAAAGUAUCAGAUCCUGAUGAUUUAGAAUAUUAUAGAAAAUAUUUAAAUGAACAAGAGAUUGAUGAAUUGGUAGCUACAUCUGAUGAAUUGGUUGAUGAGGUUGUCAAAUAUUUGGUUGGAUUUGGAAAUGUUAAAAAGUCAGAGUUUAGUGUACACGCUGAUUACAUUCAAUUACAAGUACCUAUUCACAAGGCUGAAAAGAUAUUCCACACCGAGUUUUAUAGAUAUGUAUCGUUGAUGAGUGGAAAAUCUAGAUCUAGAAUACAAGGCACUGCACAAUUACCAAUUCAUCUUUAUGAUGCUAUUGACUUUGUAGUUGGUAUUAGUGACUUUAUCGAAGAUACCAAUAUGUCAACUGCAAUCAAUAGACUACACACUCGGUUGGACAAGGUGGUCAAGAAUACUAGAAAGAAUUCAUUGAAAACCAAAUCACUGGUUCAAUCAGUCGUCCCACCAACCGUAGCAGUCGUCAAAGGAGCUGCAGAGCCAACAAUCGCCACUCCACAAUUAAUCAAACAAUUUUACAAUGUUCCAUUGGACAGAGUGGCAAAUAACUCACAAAACACUCAGGCAAUUGCUGCAUUUGAAGAGUUUUACUCAGAGGGUGCAUUAUUGGCGUUUGCAGAAUACUUUAAUCUUAGUACCGACUAUAUCCGUGUCAAGCCAUUGUCAGACAGCUGUUUUGGCGAUGGGUGUGGUCAGAGUGAAGCCAACUUGGAUGUACAAUACAUUACGGCGAUUGGUACCAACGUGCCUACCUAUUUCUUGGGUGUGGGUGCUGGUCAGUGGGUACUCGACUGGGCCAUUGCUAUUGGCCAAGCCAACCCACUCCCACUCGUGUCGUCCAUCUCGUACGACUAUAAUGAACUGGAACAGUGUCUAGUGACAGACGCAUGCUCGACUCUUGGCUACGACAAUGUCCAAUACAUUAACCGAACAAAUGUCGAGUUUAUGAAGCUUGGACUUCGUGGUAUGUCCAUUUUGGUGGCAUCGGGUGAUGAUGGUAGUCAGGGUAUUUAUGGUAUCCAAGGUAACUGUCCAAUCGAUCCAUUAUACUAUUGUCCAUUGGGUGGCUGCACCAAGCUAGGUACAUGGUGUCCUUCAAUCACCAUUGCACCUGAAAACACAUCCUCUUCAAUCGGUCAAUGUUUCUUCCCACAAGGUACCUAUUCGUCAGCAUGCCAAGAAAUCAUUGCAACACAAGAGGGUGUGGAUGCCAUCAACACAUACUUGACCAAUACUAUUAGUACUGCAUGUCAGGCUGUUUUGGAACAAGACAGUUAUGGAUACUACCAUCUCAGCACCCGAUGCCCAUGUUCAGCAUUCCUCCCCGUUUCCAACUUUGGGUAUGUCGUUUCAGGAUACCAAUACUCACCUUCCAACGGUGCACUAUUCUCUCCAUACUAUCCCGCAUCAUCACCCUACAUUACAUCGGUUGGUGGUACCAUUAUCCUAGACCCACGAGUCAACCGAGAGGUUGUCCAAUCAGUUGCAAGAAAUUCCAUUAUCACGAGUGGAGGUGGAUUCUCCAACUACCAAGCACAACCAUCCUACCAAGCCAAAGCAGUCAAGAAAUACCUCACCAAGAAUUGUCCAUUCAAAAGUCUUCCACCCAAAUACUCUUACAAUGCAUCCAAUCGUGCGUACCCAGACAUUACACUGACCGGUAACAACUAUGUCGUCGCGUAUUCAGAGUCUGGCAAUGACACAUGUCCAUGUGGAUUUGGGUAUGUCGAUGGUACUUCAGCAUCUGCUCCCACACUGUCUGGCAUGAUAUCAUUGGUCAACGACCGUCUUCUCAAUGCCGGCAAAAAACAACUUGGGUUCCUCAACCCACUCUUGUACAAGGCUGCUGAUACCACCACCUGUAAAUUUAAAGUAUUCAACGAUGUUACAUCUGGAACCACUAAAUGUAAUAGAGCCUAUUGUUGUAAAUAUGGCUACUCUGCUACCAAAGGCUAUGAUUUGGCUUCUGGUCUUGGUUCAAUUAAUUAUAUUGAAUUUGAAAAUUAUGUAUUAUCUCUAUAA